AUGAAAAAAACAAAGAACUUUGCUUCAAGUGUUACCUCUUCUAUCAAUUCCCCUAUACCCACUAACUUGGAAGGUGAAUGUAAGAAAGCUGCCAAGAUAUUGAAUAGCUUCAUCGACCCCGGUGAAGGAUUAGACAAGAUAAUCCCGGCUAGUAUUUUGGAAAAAGCACAAGGAUUAGCCAUCUAUACAGUACUUAAGGCUGGAUUCUUAUUUUCUGGACGAGCAGGCAGCGGUCUCGUGGUUGCUAGGCUGCCAGAUGGUGGAUGGUCAGCUCCUUCAGCAAUUGGAACAGGCGGUAUAGGCGCAGGUGGACAGAUCGGUGCAGAGUUAACAGAUUUCGUAUUGGUCUUGAAUACAAAGGAAGCAGUUAAAACCUUUAGUCAAGUUGGUAAUGUCACUUUGGGCGGCAAUGUAUCAGUGGCUGCUGGUCCUGUCGGUCGAAACGCAGAAGCUUCUGGAUCAGCUAGUUUGAAGCAUAUUGCAGCGAUUUACUCUUAUAGUAAGACGCGAGGAUUAUUUGCAGGUGUCUCACUUGAAGGAUCAGUUGUCGUGACACGUUCGGAUGCAAAUGAGAAAUUUUAUGGUAGACGAGUGACGGCAAAAGAAUUGUUGAACGGUACGGUUCCACCUCCUCCAGAGGCAGACGCGCUUUAUAGAGCCUUGAACGCCAAGUUCCACACAUUAGGAACUCAGACUUAUGCACGAAGUUUGGCAGAAAAUAACGGAACGCUGAGCCGAAACCAAACAUUCAAAAGUACAAAUAUAUCAGCACCAGGCACACUCAGAUCUCCCCCACCUCUUCGGCAGCAACAACCCGUCGGAUACGGUGCGCCCAUGCCUCCAUCUUACCAAUCACCAUCUCCUAUGCAACAGCCUCCUAGCUAUAACCCAUCUUACAAUAACUAUUCACCAAACAAUUAUAACAAUAAUAAUUAUGGAAUGGAUGUUAAACGAGCGCCUCCACCUCCACCUCCUAGUAGAAAGCCCGUGGUUCCAAGCCAACCUACGGCCAGAGCCAUUUAUGCAUUCGAAGGACAGCAAGACGGUGACUUGAGUUUCCAAGAGGGUGAGAUCAUUACGAUCAUUCAAAAGAGUGACAGUCAAGAUGAUUGGUGGACAGGAAAGAUAGGCAAUAGACAAGGCGUGUUCCCUGCAAACUAUGUACAAUUACAAUAA